AUGAUGAGCUAUAACAAGAUCAAGAAAUAUUUUUCAUCUUGCUGGGUGUGGAGGACACUUUUCUGAAAAUUAUUCUUCUCCUUUCUCUCACUUCUCAUAUUUUGCUCUCCUUGGUAAAAGGUUAUUAUCUUUUCUUCUACAGAGGACAACUGAGAAGGAACAUGACAGCACCACUUCUACUUCAUUUACUUUUCCAAGUUGUUCUGCUCUAUGAUGCUUUGGGAUGGGAAGUGAGCAUGCCAAAAGAUAUUUAUGGUCUCCAAGGUUCCUGUUUGGUCAUACCAUGUUCUUUCAGCUACACAUCAAACCCACCUGAAAACCCACGUAGAGUUGUGUGGUAUCAGUGGGUCUCUAAAGGUUAUCCUUUAGUUUACGAUCCUUGGCAUGCAGACAGUGUCAUUGAGAUGUUCAGAGGAAAAACUGAUUUAUAUAGUAACUCAAGUAGGGAUUGCAGUCUGCUGAUCAAAAACCUGGAACUGUCCCACCAUGGAGAAAAAUUAUAUGCAUGGAUCGACCCUGAAAACAUUGGGUAUAGGACCUACAAAUUUUAUGAUGUCACUUCUACAAUCCUUGUCAAAGAAAGUCCACAGCAAUCCAGCAUCAAAGUUUUUGGAGGUGACAGGACAGGUGACGCCAUCACAGUAGUAUGUUCAACUUUCCACACGUGUCCAUACAGCAAACCAACCAUCACUCUGAACGGUAUAGAAGGAUCUGAUCAAAUAGACAAUGAGCAUAUUAAAGAUGGCCUGUGGAAAAGCACUCUGACACGCACAGGUGUCGUAAAGACAGUACAUUCGAUUAUUGAGUGUUCAGUAACACAUUAUGGUGGAAUAACUGUGACAGCUACAAAAGAUAAAAGUGCUAAAUGUGUCCAUCAUAACAUAUCGAUUGAGCCUGAACUGGCAGAUGUCACCGAGGGCAUCGCAAAGAACUUCACUUGUAGUGUCUACCAUUCCUGCCAGAAUGAGAAUCCAAACAUCACAUGGAACUAUAAGAACAUGCAGGUCACGGAGUGGAACAAAUCACUUUCUGCUUUAGAUCAGAUCAGCUAUUCUAGCAUAACCUUUCUGGGGGCAAGAGAAGACCAUGGCAAGAAAUUGAUAUGUACAGCAAAAUUUUCUGGAAGAGACAUUACGGCAUCUGUUGUCUUAAAUGUGCAAAACCCAGUGCUCAUUGGACUCAAGAUUACUGGUCUUUACAUCCUAACACCGUCACUUGUGUUCCUUCUGGCUUGUAUCCUUGUUGUAGUCAUAUUCAAGAAGAGACAAAGGUCAAAAAAUGCAAGUCCAGAGUCAGGAAAAAAACCUUUCUCCAAACCUCGAAUGCCCUCACCAAAGAGUGAUCCAAAAUCCCACUCAGAUUAUGAUUAUGAAGCUGAUUACAUCAACGAGGAAGUAGGCAACAUCUAUGGAAAUGUCUGAUGAAAAAGCUACACGUCAAAACCAAAAAGCAUUUUACUAUAGU